GUUUACAAAAUGGCGGACAGAAAAACAUCAGAACAUUUCCACAAUCUUAAGGAUGGCUCAGAUCAAAAGCGGCCGAUGGUCAUCCAGUCUGCCCCACGACACCACCAUGAUACCUUUACUGAUAGUGGUUCAAAUGGCGUGAAGGACACAGAGAAACACAGACAUAAAGAGUCGAAAAAAUCUCACCAUUCAAAAUCCCAGCCAAAACUUCAACCGAGUGGUUCUGAAUCCCAGGCUUAUACCUUUCAUGAAAGUUCCCCUUUUGAUUCCACAAAAUACUCAACAUCUACCUCAUCCAUGGAAGCAGCACAUCACAAGAAGCGUCUGAAAACAUCACUUCCCAAACCGAAACACGAGCUAGACGUGCAUCGUCAUGAUUUCAGCGAUGUGAUGCCCAAGUCCCAAGCCAGUCAGUCAACGUUGGAAGCCCUGAUGGCAAGGAGCCCUGUCUCACAAGACCGAGUGAUCCCCAUCCCCAACCGAGCGAGCCCCGUGGGUUCCUUCAUCCCCUCGCCCCCACAUACAAAGAGUGCCUCUUUAAGCAGAGAUAUAUCACCGUCGCGAAUCACGCAACAAGUUGUAUCAGCCCUGUCAGAAAGUUACCCCCCACCUCUGCUUCAUUCUGCCCUCACCGGCACGCUGACGCAGUCCCCAGCCAGUUCUCCAUCCCCUCCCAACAGAACUGUGGUUAGGAACGUACCGCCAUCUCGGGAACAAGAGCAUCAUGGUAGACUCAGCAGUCAGACGAUCCGACACUUACAAGAGUCUCAGCUACAACGAAAGGCCCAGACCAUCAGACAACCGGGAGUCCAUAUACAGACCAGACUACCUCCUGGUGCCCAGGCAGCUGAAGGUCCAGUGGAUCAUAUAACAUUUAGAUCUGUAUCACCAAAAAGCAGACAAGUAUCUCAUGAGCCUCAUGUAGAAAGAGUAGUGUUCAGAUCAGUUUCUCCCAAAGGCAUCCAGAGAUCUCACAUACCAGCUGGGGAAAGAGGAGCGCUGCCCUUCAGGUCUGUGUCUCCUAAAAGUGUUCAGUCCUCUCAUAUCGUUGAAGGUGGCGUACCAUUUCGAUCCGUGUCUCCGCGACGGAGCCAUGUGCCUCAUCCUGGGAGGCAAGUUAAAGAAGAGCCAAGGGGUUUUGUUGUGGAAGGACCUAAUACAGCAUUGUCAGCAAAUAGUUCAGCUCCACAACAAACUGACUUAAACAUGCCGGUGUAUACCAGCUCUGUUUUGAACAAUGUUCCCAACACUGUUGUCUAUUCGCAAUCCUUUGGUCGUGCUCCACCUAUAUCAUCUGCGGGUACUGUGUCAUUAUCAGGAUCGAUUCCGUCAGUCCGAGAGGGACCGCCUGGUGUGAGAAUAGUUCAUUCAUCUGAGGGUCUACAGAAAGUCAUUGUGUCAUUAGGAGAGAAUCCAGGGCUAAUGUCUCGUGAAUUGGCUGAAAGAUUAGAAGCAGAGCUCCGAAGUCAUCAUUCAAGCCACAGACGCACACCUUCACCUGUUCCCCCAUCUUCAACUAGACCAGCCAAAGAGCACAUACCCCCUUCAUCCUAUGCAAGACACCCCUCCUCUUCACCCCUGACAAUCCACAAAACUCCAUCCCCCUCCCAUGCUGGACAUCGAACCCACGGCCAUUCCUCCUCCCCACAGACAAUCCACAGGACACCGUCACCCUCCCAUGCAGGGCAUCGAACACAGGGCCACAUAUCCCCUGUGUCUCAUGCACAGGGGAAGGUGUCGCCUGUGCCGACUCGCAACAUAGUGUCCUCAGCUCACAGGAUCCACGGACAUGUCUCUCCAGGCCCACACAGCCAGGACAAAGGGCCUGUCCUGACCCAACCCCUUGGACGCUUCUCACCCUCACCCACAUCAGCUUACCGGGGUCAUGUGUCCCCAGUUCAGACCCCAGAGCAGCAGAGAAUGGGCAGCUCUCCUCCCCCAGCUCACAAACACCCCGAACUCCCUCCUACAUGUCGGUCAAGACAGCCGGCUGUUGAUCUCACCAAAACUCAUCACAGAUACGCCAAUGAGUGUAUCCCUUCUCCGGCACAGAGAUACACCGAUAUGCCCUCAGUGCUACCAUCCUCUAUUGCUCACAGUUCCACUCAAGAAGCCAGGUCAGUAAAUGUACUAUUUUCACAAGCGCAGGGACAAGUCAGUGUUACACCCCGUCAACAUCCACACGAAGGGCAGCAGGGAUCAAAGAAAGAUCGUAAAACAGAUAUUCGCCAUGACACACAACCUACCUUCCAACCUGCAGGCCAGGGCCAGCCAUAUUCAACUGCAGGAGAGACACAGCUAGCCUCUCGCCUAGCUACAUCCCAAGCCAAGCCUUUGCCCCCAAGUCAUAUUAACCCCUUCACCUUUCCGGUCAAAAUGAUGGUAACCACCCACGCACCUGCCCCGAUCCCGUCAUACACAGUCAACAGCAGCUCACACCAGCCUGAGCAGCGGACUCCUCUGACGGCUCCCUUCUACCCACGGUCCACCUCCGACAUUUCCGAUUUGCAGCGGAAAACAGAAAAAGAGAAUAUGAAUGACAUGCCCCGUCUUGUGCCGGAAUUACCACUGGUGAAGAAGGAGGAGAACUCAGGAAGUUUCACAGGGUUCAACCAUGUUAAUGAAUCUCCGCACUGUGAGGCAUCGUCUUCGUUGAGUCCCUUCAACAUGAGGCUGCAGAACCUAGCCAACUUCCCUGUCAACAACACAACGUACAGGUCUGCAUAUAGGGCGCAGUCUGUAGCUGUCCAGAGAGCCAAGGCCUGUUCAAUAACCAGUGCUGCUAAGUCCCUCGACAUCCUCCGGCAGAACCUUCAGAGGAGCUUAAACAAGGAGCUGGAUGUAAUCGUGCAGAAUUAUGUCGAGAAGUUUUUCAAACCUGCUGUAUCCAACAUUCGGCUUAACAACGGACAGAACGCUGUCAGUGAUGACCACAUCCAUGCUGUGUGUAGACAGAUGCUGGAGGAGGCAAAGAAGAUGUACGUGAGCGAACCUCGGCGAAGUGUGACCCCUGUAAGAGAUGACACUGACACUGUGUCCGAGAAUGGCAGCAACUGUGGACGGAGACCGGUGGGGACCGGACGAAGGCGUCGCCCGUCUGACAGCAACUCGGAGGCAGGAAGUGACAUCAGCCAGCCCAAGAAGAAGGUGAGGAAAAGGAAAGGACGGCCACCUCUUCACCAAUCAGGGAGAGGCACACCACUGAAGUCUAUUAAGCCAAAUGAACCGGUCCGACGGGAGGGGCCAAAGUGGGAUCCGGAGAGAAUUGUCACAGAAACCAAAUUUGUGAUGGGAGCAAGGGCUAACAAAGCUCUUGGCCUUGGUGCAACUCGAGGACGACUGUACAUAAAACACCCGGACAUAUUCAAGUACUCAGGUGACCAGGACGACAAGGCGUGGCUGUACGAGCAUCACCUGAUGCCUGCCACAGGCGGCAAGGCCUACAUGUUGAUGGUGGAGGACAUACAGGACCUCAGUCGGACAGACGAGUACAGGGACAGCCCCAACCUGUUGAUGGAUGAACUGUAUGGGUUCACCGUGCCCGACUGGAUCCUCGCCAAGAUGAAGAUUCAGAUGAAUGCCAUGAGGACAGAUGUCAGCCGGGCCAAGUUCCACCGCAGUCGCUCGGGCACUCCAACUGACAUGACUGCAUACAGGGAAAUGGAGGAGGAACCACCCAAGGCGCUUCCUUUCUCCAAUUUCAGUGAUAACACCUCCACAUAUCCCACGUCGAAGUCAGACAUUCAGGUAUUCCAGAACUAUGAGAUAUCCCCAUCAGCUGGUGAUGAUAUGGAGUUCCUGUCCACUGCUGAUAACGACUCGGCCGCGCCCGAUCUCUCCCCCUUUAACGUCACGGGGGGGUUUGACGACACAAACUCUCCCUCCCCUGAAGUCGACAAUUUAGACGACCCGACCUUCGUCUUGAAGUAAAUCAUCCACCAGAGAAUUAACUUGAAUCAUUCUAUCCUAUAUUUUUGCAAUAGUGUUGACAGUGCAAUUGUCCCUUGCUUUGUAUGCUUUCUCAAGUCACGAUGACGUCGUAAUUAAAAAUGAAUGGUUUUCCGACUUUCGUUGUACAAAUUCGAACAAAAAUUCUUGUGUGCCAUAUUCCUGUUACCAUGGUUACUGUUGAACUUGUCAAAUUGUACAUCUUCAUUAGAACCCUUGUGCAUCUGUCUUUUUUAAAUAUUUUCAUCUUUAACACCUGUUGUGUUUCCAAUCUUGCUGAUUUACACCAAAAUGUACAUGUUUGUUUUUCAUAAAAAAUUCACUGGAUUUUUUCGUAAUAGAUGAAUUAUGAAUGGUGUCAAGAUACAUGUUUCUUCUUGUUGAUGAAUUGGGUUUAUAAGCGUAUGCAGACAAUAUUCAAUGAUUGAAGUAUUAUGCAUCUUAAAUUUAAACUGAGGCUAUUCCAGUUCAAAGAAUAUGAAUUAGUAAUAGUGAAUGAAAUUAAAAGCAUGUAAUUUCCCUGAUUUAUCUCACCUGAGUUUAAUUCAGGGGUAUUAAAGGGUCGUUAUCGUUCAUCCAGGUAACUUUAUUCUGGUGCUGUCAUUAUUUCAUGUUAUUCACUUAUAUAUUUGAUAAUGAGACAUUGUUGACCAGUAGGAAAUAAGUUUUUAAGAGUAUUUACACAAGAAUAAUAGGACCAACUGCUUUUUAAUGAGCUUUGAUCACCACAUUGUUUGCUAACAUUUGAACAUUGACGUCAUAAUGUACUACCAACAGGCUAGACACUGUUGGGCAAAUCCAGCUAGUCCACAGCUAAUUUCGGACUAGUUGAUUAUGUAAAAUAGCAAGAAAAAAAAAACCCGACUAGUCCCUCUAGAUUUUCACUAUAGUCUCGCCCCUGACAUGAAAUAUCGUGAUUAUUAUUUAAUGAAGACAGGUACGUGUGUUCUAUUACAAACAAACUGUUCAUUACCAGCAUGAAUUGAAAGAAAACAACAUGCACAUGUACUAUUUAAAGACCUAUUGACCUAGGGGGGCACAGGUGGCCCAGUCAUCAAAGGCACCGCGAUUCGCUGUGCAGAGUUGCUUCCCUUGGGCACGCCAGAAACCUGUGAUUGUGGGUUCGAAUCCCGGUUCGCCCCGAUUAUGUUUCU